UCCUCAACUCACUCUCUCUCUCUCCUCUUCUUCUUCUGAUCAGCACCAUCACCAACUCUCAAAGUCCACCAUGGGUUUGAUCUCUUCUCCAUCAGUCGACGAAUCUCACUACCACACCCACAAGAUCUUCCUCUUCGCCAACUACAUCCUCCUCGGCACCGCCUCGAGCUGCAUCUUCCUCACGCUCUCCCUCCGCCUGAUCCCUUCCGUCUGCGGCUUCCUCCUCAUCCUCCUCCACGCCACCACCAUCGCCGCCGCGAUCUCCGGCUGCACCGCCGCUUCCUGCGGGAGGAACCGGUGGUACGCCGCCCACAUGGUGGCCACCGUGCUCACGGCUAUAUUCCAAGGGUCCGUCUCCGUUCUCAUCUUCACCAACACGGCCAACUUCCUCGGGAGUUUAAAGUCUUAUGUCCGUGAGGAUGAUGCUGCGGUGAUUUUGAAGCUCUGUGGUGGGCUCUGUGUUGCGAUCUUUUGUCUUGAGUGGGUUGUGCUUGUGUUGGGUUUCUUCUUGAAGUAUUACGGUUAUGUCGAGGGUGGUGAUAGUAAUAUGAAGAGAACCGGUAAGGUACAGAGCGAGGAGAAUCUUAAGGAAUGGCCAUUGUCGUUUCAAGUUUGAAGCUUAGUGUCUUUUCUUUUUUUUGUGUUGUGUGAGAUUUGUUGAGCUCUAUAUCAAUAUCAAAUGUUGGUUUUUGAUUUGUGUUCUGUCAGUGGUAUUGUGAUUUGUUCAUUUGUUGAUCUAUUUGUUAUUCUUGUCA